AUGUUGUCAAAAUACUCAAUAAAAAUUUGCAAGUUUUUCUCCAUAACUUUCCAAGGUCUUAAGGAAGAAUCCACUAUUGGGAGUGCUGAAUAUGUUACUGUUGUCGCUAUCCAUGGCUCUUCGCAUUGGCUAGCACUAUUACAAUUUGGCCUAGCAGACAACAAGUGUUUCUACAACAAGCAGACAGACAACAGGUGUCUCCACAACAAGAGGAUUCCAGCAUACAACAGGUGCUUCCACAACAAGAGGAACCCGUCUUACAACAAUGACGAACAAAUGUUCGAAAUCGCAACCAAAAAUUUUAGUACACAUGCAAAAUAUGUUGGAAAUACCUCGGAUCAUGGCGACGAACAAAUACGCAUGAUAUCCUAG